GACAGAAUUAGGUGUUUCAGAAAAUUUGGCUUGUUUACAAACGAAAUCUCUGCUAAGGCCUGCAUUGCAAUGCAAUUUGCAUUGUUCCUAAGUUCGCCGAAGACUGAAUCGUAAACCAACGCAUUUUUCACCGGACACACUGCAACAAUGGAUUCGUUAACAGUGCAGAAACACGAACUGCCUCCCACCAAUCAAAAACGAAUGGUUGCAUUCAUCAAUCACUUUAUCGUUAGCACUGUGACGUUCCUGAACAAGUUUGCCUCCGACUGUGAGAGCAAAUUUGUGACCUACGAGCAAAAAAUACAAAACCUGGAAGCGUCGCUACUGAUAGUAGAAGCCAAACUAGCGUCGAUAGAUGUUCUGAAACAGCACAACGAUGGCCCUCCGGCGAGUGCGGAGAUGAAACCCAGCGAUAGCCAACCAACUGCGUUGGGAAGCUCCGACGGGGAACCUGUUUCAGCUGCAGAGUUGCAAUCCCAACCCGAAAUCUCUACGCUCAAUCCGCCUGCCGUAGAGAGAGACCCUAAGUACGAUCUGUACUUUAAAAUGCUCCAGCUUGGCGUGCCGCUCGGAGCAGUGAAAAACAAAAUCUCGUUCGAAGGCUUAGAUCCUGACUAUAUUGACCGGUUUCUGUGAUAAACAAUAAAUUGUGUAAACGGUCA